AAUCAAGUUGAAGAAACAUUCCCACUACUUAAAGAGGUACCUGCAAAGUAUAUUUAUUCAACCAUCCCAAUGGGAUUUUCCCUUAGUAAAUCUGCUACUCAGGUAUCUGCUAUGCAUAUGGAUUCAAAAGUGGAUGAUCAUUUGAUGCGAGGGACUGAGAAAAGCAAGUUGGAACCAGUGACUCAAUUAUUUCAAAACACCAAGAAAAUAAGAUUAGAAGACACAAACGAAGAACACUUUACAAGAAGUAAAGAGAUUGGCUCAGGAUCUCUUUCAGAGAAAACCUUGGGUUCUGUGGUAUAUGUUAAAGAAAAUGAUGGAAUGGAAAUGACAGAUGUGGAAUGAAGUUAUUUGUACAUACUGCCAAAGAAACCAGAAUUUGCUUUUGACUAAGAGAGCAUGUUGAAUGAGAACUUAACCUUAUCAGAAAAAUCUAACAAAAUGAAGGUAGACAAUUGCUUAUUUUUCACUAUUUAUGAAUCACAUUAGACUUCACUUUUUUGAUACGUAUUCAAAAAAGUUAAUGUUUUAGGGGGAAAAAACUUUCCAAAAUUCAAAGCAAAAUUUUCUGGUAUUCUAUCCUUGUCAAAAAUCAGAAUUUUUGAAUAACAGUAUUUAAAUGGUACCAAAAUAUUUUAAUUGUAAUGUAUUUCUUUAACAAGUGAUCAAAAAACAGUGCCCAAACAAUUUGACAUCUGUAUUUCACACUAUGUGUGGUAUACCAAUUUUGUAAGAUUUAUAGUUUGGAAUUUUGCUUUAGGGUAUUUUAUCUUCCUGCAUUUUUGCAUUUCUGUUCUGUAAAAGAUCACUUCAGGUAAACUCUACAAAAGACCAGUAAAUUACGUACCUUGAGAAGCAUUUCACAUUUUAAAUCCUUUUAAAACUGUUUU